AUGGAGAAUGCCAGUGAAAAGUUCUGCCCACAGAUAGGAGACUCGAUAACGGUCCCGUACCAGGCAACAGACGCAAUUCAGAGGGCGACGCUAUUCGCGAUCAUUAUAAACUGUUUAAUGUGGCCAACGGGAUGUGUUGCCAAUUGCUUUGUGUUCAUCACAGUUUUAAGGAAGCCACAAUUACGAACGGUAUACAACACAUCUGUACUGUGUCUCAUCGCCGCAGAUUUGUGCGUCAUUCUGUUGGCACAAACUUCCAACAUUGUUUACUUGGUAAACAAGUUUACCACUGGCGACUACUCGUGUUCUCUCUUCUUUAUUUACAACUUGUUUACCUGGCUGUGCCACGGAUUGUCUUUCUUCACCUUGUUGUUUAUAAGCAUUGAACGCUACUUCGCUGUUUUUCAUCCGUUUUGGUACAAAGAAUCGGUGACUAAAACCCGUAUAUUCUGUGCCAUUGUAACCACUUGGGUCAUCUGCGGGGCAUUAGUUAUAAUUCUCAAUUUUAUGCCGAGCAUCCCUCAUUCAGUUAGAACUGUCGUGAUGACAUGUCUUUUCCUACCAAGCAUCUUAUCAACUGUGGUUAUUUACCUCAAGAUAUUUAGGGAAAUUCGGGGUAAUACCGCACAAGUCGGUCCUUCCGUUCAUGGGUCUCCGGCCGAAACCCAGGUCCGCAAGUCGUCCAAAACUGUGGGUGUUAUAAUAGGGGUACAAAUUAUGAGCUUUUUUCCAUGCAUCUGUUUGAACAUUGUGCAGAUGUUGUCAUUUGUGCCUAGCGUUCUUUUAAUCCAUGGUAUCUUCCCAUUUGCUGAGGCCGCAGCAUUCAUGAACGCAGUUCUGGAUCCUAUGAUUUACUUUUGGCGAAACAAAGAAGCGCGCGGUAGUCUAGUGGAACUGAGACACAUCAAUAUCUGCAUGAAGUCCAAGACUGAUGUGAGUCUUUCACAAACGGAGAAUUCUACUGUUGUUAUACAGCUUAAGGACUACGGAAGUGGUUAG